CCUCAUCGAGAGCAAAGCAGGAAACAGAGAUUCCGAGCCACGCUCCCCUUUUUCCAUCGCUGUAGUGUCACGGACUUGGGUAUUUCCAAAUCGCCAGUUCGCCACUCAGAUAAUAAAAAGAACAAUGGAAUCAGGUGGAGCCGGUCGGAGAAGCUUAAGCAUCAACAACCGCUCAUUCCGGCUCCGCUGCCCCAGCCUCAACUCCGUCCGCCUCCGCCGCAUCUUCGACCUAUUUGACAAGAACUCCGACGGCACCAUCACCGUCACGGAGCUCAGCCAGGCCCUCGCCCUCCUGGGCCUCGACGCCGACCUCCCCGACCUCCAGUCCAUCGUCCAGUCACACAUCAAGCCCGGCAACCUCGGUCUCGAAUUCGAUGACUUCGCGGCCCUCCACCUCUCCCUGAACGACACCUACUUCUUUGACGUCGAAGAAGAGUUAAAAGGAGACGGCGCCGAGCAGUCGGAGCUGUCGCAGGAGGAGUCUGACCUAAACGAGGCCUUUAAAGUGUUCGACGAAGACGGCGACGGAUACAUCUCGGCGCAGGAGUUGCAGGUGGUGCUGGGGAAAUUAGGGCUAGCGGAGGGGAAGGAGAUAGGGAGAGUGAAGCAGAUGAUAACAUCAGUGGACAGAAACCAGGACGGGCGCGUGGAUUUCUUUGAAUUCAAGGACAUGAUGCGAAGCGUAGUUGUUCGGAGCUCUUGAUGAUGAUCUUCUUCUCCAGCUUGAAAAAAUGCGUAGCUUUUUUUUGUUUUGAUUUUUGUGGAUGUUUUAUGAAAAUUGGGGAUGAUACACUCGUACACAUGCUCUUUGUACUGGGUGUGUCGUGUGUGUACAUACUCCUGUUCUACGUGUACGUGCACUUUGGGUUUUUUAAACUUAUUUUACAAAGAUUAAACUGUAAUUUUACUUACAUCAAUGGCAUCCAAAGGACACAAAUAUUCAAAAUUCAAA